AUGAGUCAGCACUGGAAGGGGGCCUUAAUUAAAUUGCUGCCAUCUGUUAUUGAGGCAGAGUUGUUGAAGAACAAUUAUGCUGGUAAUAGUAGCUAUGAGAGAGUUGUUGGUUUAGAUAUAGAGAAAUCAUUCAGUUCAUCAACUAGUAAUGGAGUUGUCAGUGAGAAAGUUGCAGUGUUGAAACUAUGCGCAGAAAAUGAUUGCCUUAUUGUGAACCUUACACACUUGGAGAAAAUACCCACUUCCCUUGCCAAGUUUCUUGAUCUUUCAGGCAUAACAUUUGUUGGUAUAAGCAUCAAACAGAAUGUGGGUGAUCUUCGAAGGGAUUAUGGAGUUCAAUGCAGGAAUGCAGUGGAGCUGGGAGCUCUUGCUGCUGCUGUUCAAAACAAGCCUAUAUAG